AUGAACAGGGGCGAGGCUUUCUCAACGUGUCUGGUUACGUUCGGCACCACCUGCGGAGACGCCUUAAAAGGGGCCGCUUCAACGUGCCCGCUCCACUCGUACGCUCCUCACAAAAUGGACGCCAGCGCCAGACCGCUGGGCCUGAGCGCCCACGACCUGCUGCGCCCUUCACCCCCCCUCUUCCUUCGGGCUUCGCUGGAACGGGGUUACGCGCGCACCCCCAAGUGCGCCCGCUGCCGCAACCACGGCGUUGUGUCGGCGCUGAAGGGCCACAAGCGCUUUUGCCGUUGGCGGGACUGCGUGUGCGCCAAGUGCACCCUCAUCGCCGAGAGGCAGCGUGUCAUGGCCGCCCAGGUGGCGCUCAGGAGGCAGCAGGCGCAGGAGGAGAGCGAGGCGCGCGACAUCCGGAUGCUGUACACCGGUGGGGGGCCGCCCUUCGUCGCCGACGUGCGUGCCGCCACUGGCCAGCCGCCAGAUUUGGAUGUUUUGCCAAAUGACGCCUCGAAAGACGACGAGCGCCUGUGCAAGUAUCUCUACGAGAGCCCGCGGCGGUCGUCCUCGGAUCCCGAGUCGGGCAGCGAGUCAGACAAACCCAAGGACUCCCAACGCGACGCCCCGAAGCCAAGUGGCAGAUUGUGGAAAGGUGACGGCGUCAAACCCGCCGAUGAUCCGACCGUCAGGCCUUCUUUCGGGCCAACCAAGUCGGCUUUCGCGCCGCUCUAUAUUCCGCCGCCGGCCGCCGUCGGGGACGGCGUUUACGGGCUGAACCAUCGCCUGGGCAUCAAUCCCUUAUGCCUGGCCUACUCGUCAGCCAACGCCACCAACAUGGCGGGCUUGAUGACGCCGUACGUCACCUCGGGCGUGAUGCCGGUGUUCCCGUUGCGCCCUCCCCUGGACGCCUACUCGUUCCCCGGCGUGAUCCGAGACCUUUCGUACCUGCAUGGAAAGGAACUUUUGUGCAGUGCUGGCAUGUACAAGCGCCUUGCCACUGACAAGUGACGCCAUCGUCUUGACGUGUCCAUUUUUUUAAACAUGUAAAUGUUGUAAAAUAAAUCCGAUGCAAAUA